CAGUUUCCCAACUGUAAUCAACACCCCCAGCUUCUGUGUUCAUACUUUCUUCGCCUUCUCUCUCGAUUCCGCUUUCAUACAAUUAUUCUCCUUUUAUACAGUGUGUCUUCAUUGACAGGAUUAUGCAGCUAUGUUUUGACAUCCUAAGAUCUGGAUCUGUGAAGUUUUCUUGCUUCCAUUACAACAUCGUCAUUGCCUGAGAGAUGUGAUCUUCAUGCUCUCAAAUAGUUCUAAUUAUCUGCUCUUGUACCCCAUCCCCUCCGGACAAAAGUGUCUCCACUAUUCUUGUUUGAUCUGAAAGAGUUUGUUUAACGCAGUUUAAUUAGUGAGCACAGUGACAAUAUUGGCUAGCGGGGGUUGUCUAGCAUGGCCAACGUUCCUAGUAAUAAAAAUGUCUCACGAAGGUCUUCGAUUUCUUCUGGCCCUAAAUCCUUUUUAAGUCAGUCUUUAAAACCAAUAACAUCACAUAAGUGGGAAAUUGGAAAGGGAACUGGUGUUCAGGUGGCAACUUUUCUUGCUAAAACAGUUGCAUUAGAGACUGUACGGAGGUUAUCGAGGGCCAAAUGCCCAGUUUUCUGGACUGCGCUGCAAGGCUCACAAUUUCUUUGCUGCCCCCCAUUCAAAUGGGUUCAGCGGUGGAAGCCUUUUGGUUUCUUGGUUCACGGAGUUCAGAUGAUAUCACGGCCAUUAUUGGUUCUCUCAAUUGCAAAUGCUCUAUAUGAGUGCAGCAGUAAGGACUUGGACGAAGCUGAAAAUUCUCCUAGCCAUGAUGAUUCUCAAUUAGGUGCAGAAAAUCUUUCAGAAACCUCAUCUUUAGAGUGUAAUCAGAGCGUGAGAAUUGGUGAUGAAAAUCCUCAAGGCCUUUUCUCUACAGACUGGGUUAACCACCUUUGCCAAGAGCUGGAAACCCAGGGUAUCACUUUGCCUGAAAGAAUCAACCAAGAGGAACUGCAGAGAUUUUAUGUAGCUGCAGAUGGUGAUUUCUCAACCUUGCUAUCAUCUAUAAAGAAGACGAUAAGAUGGAGGGAGAAUUACGGAAUUCUCUCUGGAGAGGAACUUGAGUUGUGGUCAAAUUUGAUCUUCUGGCAUGGACUAGAUGUGAAUCAUCGACCGUGUCUCGUUGUCCGACUUGGCCUUGCUUGUGUCCAGUUGCCAUCUGAUGAUAGACCGCGCUUUAUCCAAGCUCUUGUAUCUCAGGUGGAGCACGGCGUCCUGCACUUGUUGGAUGGAGAAAAUCGUCAAAUUACGGUUCUAGUGGAUUGUCAAGGACUAACACCGCUGAGAAUUCCCGUGCAAUUAUUGAGACACUGCUGCAACAUUCUGCAAGAUCACUUUCCUAAUGUUUUGGGUGUUUUGGUUGUCAUCCGGCUUCCUUCAGUUGUCCGUGUUAUUGCCCAAACUUUCAUACAAGUUCUCACACCGACAACUAGGCAGAAACUGAGCAUCGAAGGGGAUUCUUAUAAGAAGGUUCUCUCUGAACGUUUUCGAAGCAUUCCUUCAUAUCUUGGCGGACAGUGCACUUGCAUAAGGUGUGCUAGGCUUCAAGGGGCUGGCACGUUGUGCCAAAUCGCUGAGAGGCAGACAAGCACCACAGAACCGGUUUCAGAUGUUGUCGAUGGUGAGGGUUUUCCUUUAGUAGAACCAACUGUUCAGUAUGAUAUGAUGAUGGAAAAUGACAGCAGUCAAAUAAUACGGACUGCUGUUAUUGGCAUCCUCAUGAUCUGGGUGUUGGUUGCGUUUAUCGAGGGCAUAUACGAUGGUGGAAGUUACCCAGUACUAACCCGCUGAUGCAUCUCUUCCCUGCGGCGAAGUAAUGUUGUUUUACAAAGUAUAGGUGUGUGAUCAGUAUAUAAGUAUUUCGUUAUUGUAAUGAUGUUCAAAGUUGUCAUUUGUUUUUGGGCAGUGACGUCGUUAUAGUGUAAUAAUGAGAUUCUGUGCUUUGCCGAAGUUAGAUAUAUAUGUAUGAGAUUCAAAUCA